AUGUGCUGCAAUAACCUUUCAAUCCAUAUUCUAUCCAAAGUCGUCGCGGUAGAGACUAGAACCUGGAAAGAACUCGUUCGCCAGGGCAAGAAAGUCGAGAAUAUGAUUAAGAGGCUUGAGACCGAGGAGCCUCACUCCAAAAAGGAAGCUAUCGAACCGAGCGCACCAAAGAAUCCUUCUCGAACGAGAGGAAAGGAGAUCAUGAUCGUUGACUCUACUCCGCCGCCCAAACCAGCUAAGAGGCCGAAACCUAGGCCGUUUGAACAACAUCCCCCGAGGCAAUACAACUUCAGGGAGGACCAAGUGGUGGCAACCCUUGACACUCUCAUAAAGAGUAGUAGGAUUAAGCUACCGGAAGUAACCAAGCCCGAAGAGGCGAACAUAACCAGUGAACCGAACUACUGUGCAUACCACAGGUUCCUCGGUCACCGUACCUCCAAAUGCUAUAUCCUCAAUGAUAAGCUUCAAGCCCUAUACGAUGUGGGGGUUCUGAAAAAGGAGAAGGUACAGAAAUAG